AUGGCAGCCGCCACCCUUGUCGGCAACAAGUUUUCCGACCACCGCGAGCCACCAACAUCACACCUGCACUUCGAGGUUUCGCGCAACAGUGGCCAUCCUCCUCGCCAGAAAAACGCAGCGUUCUACGCGAGCCGGCAGCCUCCACACCUUGCAGCACCACAGAUCUGCAUCUUCAGGCUGCCACCACCAUUAACGCGCGCCACUCUCGCCAGAGCAACCACAGUUCAGUGUUCUUCUUCCCGCACCUGCGAGCCUGAUUCGAAUCUGCAGCAAUGCCGCCUCCAUCUUCUCCGCAACGCAGCUCCUUCAUGCAUCAGCACCACGUCGGCAACACGAACAACUCCACCACCGCGAGCUUCCACGCACCAUCUUCAACCAUCAUUUCCAUGGCAACAUCAGAGAAGCAACUCGCAGUCCACACCAAAAGACGCUGCAUCUAAAACACGAAUCCAUCUCGACGACUGCAACAAUUGUUUGAACCAUUCUUCAUGCAUCCAACCACCAUUGCAGCAACACCACCGCGUCGGAGCAGCCAUGUUAGAGCAACCACCAUUCGCUGGAGCAGCUGUCAUUGUAGCAGCCACAAGCCUCCAUGAAACCUUUCCGCAACCAAAGUGUGACAGAAACCCCAGUCUAGAGAGAUAA